AUGGCGCACAAAUUUGGUUUAGGUUCAUUAUCUUUAGAAACUAAAAAACCUAAUACUACAGCAUGGAUAAAUAAAGCAAAACCUUACUUUGUGGAUCAAAUCGGAGACACUCUUCAAGGUGAUUUAGAUAUGAACAAUUUCAAAGUAACUAAUUUAAAAUCCCCGGAAAAUGAUAAUGACGCUGUUCACAAGAAAUAUUUACGGGAUCAGAUAAAUUCAAUUGAAGUAAACAAAAACCAUUUAAAAGAUAAAAUAAGUAAUGUGAAAAGAUUCUCCAAACGUCAACUAAAUAAUAAAAAUUUUAUUAUUGAUACUAAACAACAACAAGAGGUAGCAGGUUUAAUAACUCUUCAACUGAUUUAUUUACCUCAAUCGAUAUUCAUAAAAAUCAUCAAGAAAAGCAAUUUAUAA